AUGACUCUAAACCUUGGCCAGGUCCUCCCAGGAAUGAAAUGGAACUAUCGCCUCAUUGAGUGCAUUGAUCGAGGAACGGCUUGCUCGAGUGUCUUCAAGGCUGAAGUACUGCCAGGAGGCGGUCAUCAGUCAAGCUUCAAGGAAAAUGUCAAGGCAAUGCUACGAAACGAGCGCAAAUACUAUGCCAAUCCCGCCAUAAGGUCAUGCAGUCAGUUUCGAGCUCUUUGCGAUGUCAUUGACAGUCCAGAAGAUAUGGAACCUGAGUUGGGGUCCUGUUUGGCUUUCGAGUGGAUGGAUUGCACUCUCGCAGAUCUGUCACCCGAAUCCCAUAAAAGCAACUCGACAUUACACAAAAGCGUCUCGGAGGCAAUGCUAAGCGCUUUGGAUGUGUUGGGGUCGCAGCGUCUCAUACAUGCAGACGUAAAGAAUGAUAACAUCCUCAUAUCCAAUAUCGACGGACCAUCACCAAUCGUUAAGCUAGGAGAUCUAGGACUUGUACGGCCUGAAGGGUUUAACAAAAGCCGCCUUCAAGCAAUGGCGAUGCGCGCUCCAGAAGUCUGGUCAGGAAUUGGCUGCUUCCAUACCUCCGAUGUAUGGUCUUUUGCCGCCACGCUCUUUGACUGGUUCCGUCCUAGCGUCUUCGGAGACCACGACACAGACCCGUGGUUUUGGAACGAGCCUUAUGGAGUAGCAAAGAUGCUGCGGCUAUUUCCCGGUUCAGUGACUGCUAAUCAUUCAAAUCACCCAACCUACGAAGCGGAACUGAAAAUCGGAACGAUGGUCGAAGCAGCGGGAGACCGCGCCUUCACAUACGGCGACUUUGACGAGGAGCUUGGGAAGCUCGAUGUAGCACCGUCACUUGCGGACUUUCUUCGAUAUCUACUUGUUGUCGAUCACACGAAGAGACCAACUGCUGGCGAAGCUCUGAAGUCGGAAUACUUCAGCCGCCUGGCCUGA